CGAAGCCGCCGCGAUCCCGGCCCCAGGCCGCCCAGAGCUCCUCCGCCCUCCUCAUGCUCGCCCGGGGCGUUUCAGCGUUGCGAGGCCUCCACAGAGCUGGUGGUUCCAGGAUUUUCUUAAGAAUGACUUUAGGAAGGGAAAUUAUGGCCUCUCUUCAAUUGAGGUCUUCAUCUUCAGCAACCAAAAAAAACUUUUUGAAGUGGGAUCUGUCACCAGAACAAAUCAAAGCAAGAACUGAGGAGCUCAUUCAACAAACCAAGCAGGUGUAUGAUGCUGUUGGAAUGCUUGAUAUUGAGAAAGUAACAUACGAGAAUAGUUUGCAGGCACUUGCAGAUUUAGAAGUGAACUAUGCAGUGGAAAGAAGCAUGUUGGAUUUUCCCCAGCAUAUCUCCUCUGACAAAGAUGUGCGAGCAGCAAGCACAGAUGCCGACAAAAGGCUUUCUCGUUUUGACAUUGAGAUGAGCAUGAGAGAGGAUGUGUUUCAGAGAAUUGUUCAUCUACAGGAAACCUGUGAUCUUGAAACAAUAAAGCCUGAAGCCAAGCGGUACUUAGAAAAGUCCAUUAAAAUGGGAAAGAGAAAUGGCCUUCAUCUUCCAGAAGAAGUACAAAAUGAAAUCAAAGCAAUGAAGAAAAGAAUGAGUGAAUUAUGUAUAGACUUCAAUAAAAACCUCAAUGAAGAUAAUACCUUUCUUACAUUUUCUAAGGAAGAACUUGAAACUCUUCCUGAUGAUUUUCUUGACAGUUUAGAAAAAAUAGAAGAUAACAAAUAUAAAGUUACCUUAAAAUAUCCCCACUACUUUCCUGUCAUGAAAAAAUGUUGUAUCCCAGAAACCAGAAGGAAGAUGGAAAUGGCUUUUAAUACAAGAUGCAAAGAGGAAAACACCAAAAUUCUGCAACAGCUACUUCCACUCCGAGCCAAAGUAGCAAAACUACUUGGCUAUAGCACACAUGCCGACUUUGUGUUAGAACUUAACACUGCCAAGAGUACAAGCUGUGUUACUGACUUUUUAGAUGAUUUAAGCCAGAAACUAAAACCUUUGGGUGAAGAAGAGCGGGAGUUCAUCCUGAAUUUGAAGAAAAAAGAAUGUGAGGAAAAGGGGUUUGAAUAUGAUGGAAAAAUCAAUGCAUGGGAUUUGCAUUACUACAUGACCCAGGCAGAAGAACUCAAGUACUCCAUCAACCAAGAGAAGCUCAAGGAAUACUUCCCAAUGGAAGUGGUCACUGAAGGCCUCCUGAACAUUUACCAAGAGGUAUUGGGCCUUUCGUUUGAGCAAGUGACUGAUGCACACGUCUGGAAUGAAAGCGUUACUCUCUAUACAGUGAAAGAUAAAGCUACUGGAGAAGUAUUAGGGCAGUUUUACUUGGAUCUAUACCCAAGGGAAGGAAAGUAUGGCCAUGCAGCCUGCUUUGGCCUGCAGCCAGGCUGUCUCCUACCUGAUGGUAGCCGAAUGAUGUCUGUGGCUGCCCUGGUAGUAAACUUCUCCCAGCCUGUUGCAGGCCGUCCCUCUCUGCUGAGGCAUGAUGAGGUGAGGACCUAUUUCCAUGAGUUUGGUCAUGUGAUGCAUCAGAUAUGUGCACAGACUGAUUUUGCUCGAUUUAGUGGAACUAAUGUGGAAACAGACUUUGUGGAGGUGCCUUCCCAAAUGCUUGAGAACUGGGUGUGGGACAAGGAUUCCCUCCGUCGCCUCUCAAAGCACUAUAAAGAUGGGAACCCUGUAACAGAUGAUCUCCUUGAAAAACUUGUUGCUUCUCGACUGGUCAACACAGGUCUUUUGACCCUCCGCCAGAUUGUAUUGAGCAAAGUUGAUCAAGCUCUCCAUACUGAUGCAUCGUUGGACUCCUCAAAGGAAUAUGCCAAAUACUGUUCAGAGAUUCUGGGCAUUUCAGCUACCCCAGGUACAAACAUGCCAGCAACUUUUGGACACUUGGCAGGAGGCUAUGAUGCCCAGUAUUAUGGAUACUUGUGGAGUGAAGUGUUUUCCAUGGACAUAUUUUAUAGCUGCUUUAGAAAAGAAGGGAUUAUGAAUCCAGAGGUUGGAAUGAAAUACAGAAACCUUAUCCUGAAGCCUGGGGGAUCACAGGACGGCAUGGACAUGCUCCGAAGUUUCUUGAAACGUGAGCCAAACCAAAAGGCAUUCCUAAUAAGUAAAGGCCUGCACACUCUGUAAAACUGGGAAUCUUUUGUAGUAUUCGUGUCUGCAAGACAAAUGGAUGUUUCUUGGUGUUUUUGGACAUUAAAACAGGAGAGGAUAUCACACCUGAAAA